ACUUUAAAAACAAUAAGAAACAAAUCCAUCUGGCAGACGCAGAAGCCCGACGGACAUUUAAGUUCCCGGCUUCCCGCCAAAUCUUAACCACGUGUUUCCUUUUUCGUUUCCCUGACAGCAGGGACAACUGAUUGCAUUCACAGAAGUGCCAGGGUGCUAGAGGGCCAGCAGGAUGGCCACCGCGCAGCGCAUCCGCUCGGGACAGAUCACAGACACGUGGUCCCUGGUGUUUCCAGCUGAGCAGAAAACAUUGCAGCAGUCUGAGGCAUUUGUGAAGAAGCUGCUGGCUCUGGGGAUCUCCUCUAUCACUUACUUAAGGAACAUUUUUCCUGAAGGUUCCUACCAUGAGCAGCAUCUCGAUGGAUUGAAGCUCAAGCUACUUGUAGACGACAGCAGUUGUCGGUCCUCGAAUAUGGUUGUGUCCUGGAUGAGAGGCUGCUUUCAGGCUCUUGAGAGAAAAUAUCUAAAACGGCUCACCUUUGCCAUACUGAACAGGGACAAUCACAAAGAAGCAUAUGAAACCUACACCUACAAGUUUCGUUACACUGACGAUGGUCCUGUUAUGACUGGCCCUGGAGGUCCUGAAAUUGCUGCCCGGGUAGAAGACACAAGAAAGUCAACCCAGAAGAUGCUACGUACCAUUCUUUUUCUUACACAGAGUAUGAAACCCUUGCCAAAGAACAUCUGUUUGUCCAUGAAACUUGGCUAUUAUGAUGACAUGACCCCAUGGGACUAUGAGCCACCCUGUUUUUCCCCGAUUAAUGAGCCUGGUUUCACUUUUAGCUCAAAACCAGUAACUAUAAAGAUGGGAAAUGUUUCAACCAAAUUCCACUCCAUGAAGCUUUAUGUCUGUGUUGAGAAGGAUGCUUACCUCACUGGAGAGAACUCACCUAUAGAGUGUCAGGUUAAAGAAGUAACUCAGGCUGAGAUUGAGGAGCCAGAGUUUGAUAGAAAAUUAGUUCGUUCCUACUACAAGUUUUGCAAACCACUCCAUUCAUCUGCUUCUGUAUCAGGAUCUGCAGCAACUGCUGGUGAUCAGAAUGUACCUCUCACACAAUCGCAAAAGGAUGAUCACCUUGUACCAACAAAGACCCUUCCCUCUUAUGAGGUUGAGUCUUCUUGCAAUGUUAAGACUACUCACUCUACUCAGGAAGAUAACUCGGGCAACUCAGAAGGUGAAAAUUUCCCUGUGCGCUGUCCCUGUGGAGUGCAGUGCGAUGAUGGGCUGAUGGUCUUGUGUGACAUAUGCCGGAAGUGGCAGCACGGUAUAUGCUUUGGUAUUUUCUUGGCCAGUGAUGUGAGAGAUGGGAUGCAUGUUUGUGAGCAAUGUGCCACUCCCACCCAGCCAUGCACUGACCCCACACUUCUGCAACAAUCAGAGCUGACAACUUUCUGCCUGUUCCGUCGCACUCUGUCUUUAUUGCAAGACUCCUUGGCACAGGGCGUGAAGAACACCAUAACAGUAGCACGCCUUGCUCACCUGCUUGGUGUGGAUAUUACCAUGGGCACUCUCAUCUUCAAGAAACUUAAAGAUGAAAAAAUUGUAUAUACUAAGAGGAAAAUAAAUUACAUCAACAGCCACAUGAUCACCUUAAAGGUCUUCACAAAGUAUCUGCCGGACCACGGGUACACUAAAAGAAGUUCAACCCAGGAGACGCUGGACAUCACCUCACAGACUCCACAGAGUUCAAAGUCAGCUGCCAAUGCUGAUCCAGAUGCUACCCCAGAUCUUGAUUUAUCUUCAAUUCAAGAGUCCAGCAUGGGACCAAAAUUCAGACAGAAAACAGAGUCACUGAAUAAUAGCCUGGAUGAAACAGUGGACAUUGUGUCUCUCUCCCAGGAUGUUACUGUUGGAACACAGAACAAUCUGCCCUCAUCCAGACCCAGUUUUGAAUCAUCACAGAAUAGCACACCCUCGGAGGCACUGGCCACAGCUGGCAACACAGUGCAGAUGCUAGAAUCUCAGAAAACUCAGGAACACUUGCCUACCACCAUGCCUCUUCAUUCAGGCAUGGAUGUAGAGGAGGGGUCAUCAGAGCUUGUGGAGUUGCAGGAACCCUCAGAGGAUCUGGAUGAUGAGGUGAAUAAGCUGAGCUUGGGACAGAAGGCAAAACGAGGCAGAGGACGAAAAAAGAGACCAAUGCACAAGACUAUGAGUUUGAAUAACUUUGAAGUUCAUGCAUCUCAAGAUUCAGAUAUCUUAAUCAAGAACAGCAUUUCUCAAGAUUCUGAAGUUUCUAAGAAGAAAAGGAAAACCUCACAGUUUGUGUGGAAGUAGAUUUUCCUUCCACAGUCUCUAUGGGAUUAAAACACACAAGAUGUGUUACUAAACACAACCUCUUCGUGUGAAAGUAAGGACACAUCAGAGGUGAGGGAGUGUCUUCUGUUCAUUGCCAUGACUAAUAAUUUCAAAAUUGUCUAAGAAAAAUGUACUGCUUUUAAUGCAAUGUAUUUCAGGUGUAAGUUAACAUAUUAUACUGCAGUAAUAGCUAAUCAAUUCCCAUGUUCAAUUACAUUAAUUAGAAUGAAACUUUAAGACACACUACUCAUAAAAAACCUGAUAUAUGAGAUUCUUUGAUAGUAACAGUGACUUCACCCAUGUAGAAAUCCUGUGAAACAAAAUAAUAAAUCUUUUUGAUGACACUGAGAUAAUUCCUCUUUAAAGGAACUGAUUAGCUAUUACUGCAAUGUAAAAUGGUAACUUACCUGAAAUACACUGCAUAAAUGUUUUUUAUGCAUUGCAUAAAAAGCAGUAUGGAAAAAAAAUUUCUUUUAUGCAGUGUAUUUCAGGUAAGUCACUGCUGUAUAUUACAUUGCAGUAAUACCUAAUCAGUUACCUUUAAGAGGAGUUAUCUCAGUGUCAUUGAAUGAUUUUCUCUCUCUCUCUCUCUCUCUCUCUCUCUCUCUCUCUCUCUCUCUCUCUCUCUCUCUCUCUCUCUCUCUCUCUCUCUCUCUCUCUCUCUCUCUCUCUCUCUCUCUCUCUCUCUCUCUCUCUCUCUCUCCAGAAUUUCUACCUGGGUAAAGUCAUGGUUACCAUCAAAGUAACACACUGUGCCUACUUUGUACAUAUUUCUUUGAACCUGAAGUUCAUGUAUAUACAAAGAAUCUAAUUUUGUCAGGUUUUUUUUAGAGUGAAAAUGCAAAAUAACAAAAUUGUGUAGAAGGUAACUUAAUUUAUGAUCAUGACUAUCAAAUGUGUGAGUGAAUCUUACAGGAAUGCUUGCUGUCACAUAAUUGUGCCAUUUUAAGAAUCUGAAGUAUACUUUCAAAAUGAAAGAUUUAAUGCAGAGAGUAUGGGGAAGGAAAGUAAAAAUUUUUCAAAAUCCCAAUCUUCACAAAGUUUUGUGUUCUAGCACCUUAAACUAUUCAUCACUAGCCAGCCUUCUGGUAGUAUCAGACAGAUUUCAUUAAAAGAAACAAUUGUAAAGAUAACAAAUAGUACUUUGUGUCUCCUGUAAGUGAACAAUUUUUGAAAAGGUAUUUUAGUUAGGAAAAAAAAAAAAAAAAAAAAAUAGAAUCCUAUGAGUAGUGUGUCUUGAAGUUUCAUUCUAUUAAUGUAUCUGAACAUGACUGAAAUUGGCUGAGAAAGAAAGCAUUUAGCACUGAUGAUUUAUUCAGGUUUCCAACUUCAGAAAAUAAUGAGCCACCAGUUUCCAUUAAUUUUUGCAAGGUAGAUUAAAUGGGUGCAGCUUCCUGCCACAGUCACCGUGCUUUGACUCACAAAGGCAAGACAUGUUAUGACAUGGCAUUAAACAUUCCUCUUCAUAA